UUUGCUUGGAGGAGAGCAGGAGGACUGAGGCUGGAGCCGGACUGGGGCAUGCCUGGAAAGAAAGAAUCUGAGUCUUGAACACUGUAAUUCAUUUCUACAGUUUGUUGUUGGAAAAAGAUCACAGAGCAAUUCCCCAAUAUGAAAACAGAAUGGCAAGAUAUGAAAAUAGGGGAGGGACUGGCAGGGAGGGGAAUGGCUGCUCACGACCUCCAGGCUGGGAGCAUCGGAGGAUUCCUUCGAAGGAGACCAGGAGCUCCAGGGCAUCAUCCAGCAGCAGAGGGCUCCCUUUCCCUUGCGCAGUGGGAAAUCCAGUGGCAAGAGUUCCUCAGGACAUUGGAAACCCCUCACUCUGGAUGGGGAAGCCCCCACUUGCCAGCAAAACCUUCUCCCUGGGAUGAUGCCAAGGCCUUUCUGGCCUCCUUUGAGCAAGUGGCUGAAGCCUGUCAGUGGCCCCAGGAAGAGUGGGUGACCCGACUCCAGCCAGCCCUUAGUGGAGAAGCUGAGCAGGCCUUUAACAGCGUGGAUGUCAGAGACAGAGAGGAUUAUGGGAAGGUGAAGGCAGCCAUCUUGAGAGCAGAUGUGCUAAUCCGGGAGAAGCAGCGCCAGCAGUUCAGGCGUUUCUGCUACCAGGAGGCCGAGGGGCCACGGGGGGCUUACAGUCAGCUCCGGGAAAUGUGCCGUGGGUGGCUGAGAGUGGAGAAGCACAGCAAGGAGCAGAUCCUGGAGCUCUUGAUCCUGGAGCAGCUGCUGAUCGUCCUGCCCCCAGAGAUCCAGAAUUGGGUGAGGGAAAGUGGCCCUGAGAGCUGCUCCCAGGCAGUGGCCCUGGCUGAAGAGUUCCUCUUACGGCAGGAGACGCAGGUGCCCUUGGAGGAGGCAUCUGGGAGGGUCUCCAAGGGAGGCCAGGAUCCGUCUGAGAUUGAGCAGAGGCAGCUCACGCUGGGGCUCAAGGAAGAGGAGGAUGGAGAAGCCAGCCCACUAGGACUUUGGGUUCCUGGACCAUUUCUCAACUCUGAGCUGCUUCCAAUGGAAAAUCAGUUCCUGGAGAGUGAAGAGGAGUCAGGAAGGUGUGCAGGUGUCCUCUUGUCAGGAGAUCAGUGGGAGACAGAGGAUGAGAGAGAUCCAGGAGGGGUGUCUGCAGAAAGAGACGAUGAUCUGAAGGCAGAAGAGGAACCUGGGAAUCAAGAGGGAACCAACAGGCAGCUGAGAAGAGAAAGGGAUGCCAAAGAAAAGCAGAGAAAGGAAUUAGUCGCCUGUCAGGGAGGGAAUUUGCAUGAGAUCCCAGCGCCAGGGAGAUCCCAGCGCCAGGGAAAGAGGAGGAGUAAGUGCCCUGUGAAGAGAAAAGGGCGGAGAGGCAGAGGCAGUGAUAACAAAGACCAGAAAAUCCAAACAGGUAAGAAACCAUAUGCCUGCUUCAAAUGUGGAGAAAGCUUCUGUUGGAGAAGCCAACUUAAUAUCCACCAAUGCAUCCAUAAAGGGGAGAAGCCACAUAAAUGCUUAGUGUGUGAGAAGAGGUUUUCUCAGAGUGGCAACCUCAACAGACAUCAGAGGAUGCACCAAGGAGAGAAGCCAUAUAAAUGCUUGGAAUGUGGAAAGAGCUUUUCUCAGAGUAGCAACCUUCAUGAACAUCAGAGGAUUCACACAGGGGAGAAGCCAUAUAAAUGCUUAGAGUGUGAGAAGAGCUUUUCUUGGAGUAGCAACCUCAGAAGCCAUCAGAGGUUGCACACAGGGGAGAAGCCAUAUAAAUGCUUGGAAUGUGGAAAGAGCUUUUCUCACAGUGGCGGCCUCAAUGAACAUCAGAGGAUUCACACAGGGGAGAAGCCAUAUAAAUGCUUAGAGUGUGAGAAGAGCUUUUCUCGGAGUAGCAACCUCAGCAGCCAUCAGAGGUUGCACACAGGGGAGAAGCCAUAUAAAUGCUUAGUGUGUGAAAAGAGCUUUUCUCAGAGUGCCAGCCUCAAUGAACAUCAGAGGAUUCACACAGGGGAGAAGCCAUAUAAAUGCUUAGAGUGUGAGAAGAGCUUUUCUCGGAGUAGGAACCUCAGCAGCCAUCAGAGGAUGCACACAGGGGAGAAGCCAUAUAAAUGCUUGGUGUGUAGACACAGCUUCUCUCGCAGUGGCGACCUGAGUAGACAUCAGAGGAUGCACAAAGGGGAGAAGCCAUAUAAAUGCUUAGAGUGUGAGAAGAGCUUUUCUCGGAGUAGCAACCUCAGCAGCCAUCAGAGGAUGCACACAGGGGAGAAGCCAUAUAAAUGCUUAGAGUGUGAAAAGAGCUUUUCUCAGAGUGGCAGCCUCAGCAAACACCAGAGAGUCCACACAGGAGAGAAACCUUAUAAAUGCUUGGAGUGUGGAAAGGGCUUCCUUGUGAGCUCUAACCUUAUUUCGCAUCAAAGAAUUCACACGGGGGAGAAACCCUACACCUGCUUGGAGUGUGGAAUGAGCUUUAGUGCCAGCAGAAGCCUUAGUUCCCAUCAACGAAUUCACACUGGAGAGAAACCAUUUAAAUGUGUGGAGUGUGGAAAGAGCUUCACUGACAGCAGCAGCCUUACUAAACAUCAACGAAUUCACACAGGAGAGAAACCCUUUAAAUGCUUGGAAUGUGGAAAGGGCUUCAGUGUGAGCUCGAACCUUAUUUCUCACCAAAGAAUUCACACAGGGGAAAAACCAUACAAAUGCUCAGAGUGUGGGAAGAGCUUCAGUCAGCUCUCAAACCUUACUUCACACCAAAGAAUACACACUGGGGAGAAACCGUAUAAGUGUUUGGAGUGUGGAAGGAGUUUUAGAUGGAGUUCAGACCGUACUUCUCAUCAAAGAAUCCAUGCAAGGGAGAAAUCACAUAAAUGAAGCUUUCCCCUUGCACCUACAGACAUAGUGCUCGUGACCCUCACAUUAAUAUUAACCAGCAGGGAACACUGGCAGCAGAGGAAACAUAUGAAUGCUCACACUGUAGAGAAAGUUAUUAUAAUAAAUCUAGUCUGGGUGUGUUUACUAAAAGCCAUCAAAAUGCUUUGGGGGAAAGCUAGAACUGAAACAGAAUGGACAUUGCUGAGGAAAAGAUUGAAAAAGAUUUUGGAUUUCAUUAACAUCAGUGAAGACCAUGUUUUUGCUUCUUUUCAUAUAUCCACAUUUUGUUUGGGAACAAUCAUCUUGCUAACAACAUACAUAAAUAAUAAGUUUGCUCAUCUUACAUAUUUUCAUGCAUCAUCUGUUGUUGCAUUUCCUUAUUUUAUUACCAGUGAAAUCCAAAAGACACUCUCCCAUUGAAUACGCCUGAGUAGCAUUCUUUAGUAGAGUGGUUUAGGAUUACUCAGUAAGAGAGCAGAUUUCUUUUAUGCACAA